AUGUCCUCCGUGGCCCAAAAACGUCUCUUCCACGAAUACAAAAACCUCUCCACCAACCCCCCCGAGGGCAUCACCGCCGGCCCUGUCACCGAAGAUGACAUGUUCCACUGGGAAGCAUUGAUUCAGGGUCCCGAGGGCACGCCUUUCGAGGGAGGGAUCUUCGCGGCGGAGUUGAAGUUCCCGAAAGAUUAUCCGUUGAGUCCGCCUACGAUGAAGUUCGUGGGUGGUGGGGUUUGGCAUCCGAAUGUGUAUCCCAAUGGAACGGUCUGCAUAUCCAUCCUUCAUCCGCCCGGCGAUGACCCCAACCACUACGAACAUGCCUCGGAACGGUGGUCGCCUAUCCAGAGUGUUGAGAAGAUCCUCAUCUCCGUGAUGAGUAUGUUGGCGGAACCGAAUGAUGAGAGUCCGGCUAAUGUAGAGGCCGCGAAGAUGUGGCGGGAGCGGAGGGGAGAAUAUGAGCGGAAGGUUAGGGAUGAGGUGAGGAAGGGGCUUGGGUUGUGA